CUGCAGCAGCUUGCUCCAAGCCCCUGUGUCCAACCUGGCCUUGAACAUUGCCAGGGAUGGGGCAGCCACAGCUUCUCUGUUCAUCUGAGCCUGGUGGCCACAGUGCCUGGUGAGGGAGCUCCCAGUGUUGGGUGUCUGAGCGUUCAAGGGCCGUUUGGUUCCUGGUUUUCAAAUCGAAAGCUGCUCUUCGGGUUGUUUGCUGUGGCCUCCAGGCGGCCCCACAACUUCCUCCAGCUGGGCCUGCAUCCAUGGAGACAGGCACUCACACCAGGCAGCGCUGGGAAGGGACAGUGGAGCCUGAGGGUGGCUGAUCCGAGGGUCUGGGCUCAGUGGAGCUCUUCUCCACUCCCUACACUGCUCUGUGUGUGGGCAGCAGGGCUUCUGCUUGACCCCUGCGAGAUGAGCUCCCGUGGCUUAGCCCUGGCACCUCCAGCCAAGAGCGUGCUUGUGUAUCGCAACGGUGACCCCUUCUUCCCCGGGAGGAGGUUCGUGGUGAACCAGCGGCGGUUCCUGACCUUGGAAGCCUUCCUGAACGAGGUGACCAAGAGCAUCGAUGCACCCGUGGCCGUGAGGAACCUCUACACCCCCCGGCACGGCAGCUGCGUGGCGGGGCUGGGGGACCUGCAGGACGGGUGCCAGUACGUGGCUGCGGGCUUCGAGAGGUUCAAAAAGCUCGACUAUUUAAAUCAUGGAAGGAAGGAGCUCCGUGGAAUGAAGCACAACAAGGGUCUGCAGUUCCACACUGCAGCUCCCUGGAAGUCGCGACGGCAGAAGGACACCCGCCCGCCCUGCACCAUACAUGUUUUCCGGAAUGGGGAUUUGCUGAGCCCUCCUUUCCCUCUGCCAGUCUCUAACAGCGCCCUGCUGCACUGGGAUUCACUCUUGGCCACGGUGGCAGAGAAAGCCGCCCUGCACAGCGGAGCUGUCAGUAGGCUCUGCAGGCUGGAUGGAACCUGGGUGUCUGGUGGAGAGGAGCUGGUGGAUGGCGGAUACUACGUGGCAGUGGGAAAUGAGGAGUACCAGAAACUGCCUUACUUUGAGCUGCUGGUGCCCCAGGAUCCUGCCAGGAGGACACUGUGGAACCACCCAAAUAACGGGCGCAAAAGGCACCACCGGAGGCACAAAAAGGCACAGGCUACAGGCACAUCACAAGAGGCUGUGGCAAGGAAAAGGGAUGCCAGUGACUCUGAGGAUGACAAGCACCAAACGAUGCUGCCCCUGGCAGGAAAGAGCUUGGAGGAGUUGGCAGAAGAAGUGUGAUGGGAGAAGAGGUACAUUCAGGUACACCUCUACCUGCACAGCUGCAGUAACAGGAGCAUGUGAAUCCCAGAUUCCUGGAGUACCAUGGCCUGGCCAGGCGUUCUGAUGGAUUCACAAACUCUCCCAAAAUCAAACAUCCUCAUCAUCUGGGCUUGAGAAGCACAGUACCAGUGAGGAUCGCACCAGAUGCACAAUAUUGUUAAAUGAUGAAGAUCUUUCCCCUUUUCUGCUGCUUAUCUGAACCCUAAUUCAGCUGGUUUGGAUCUGAACUUGGGAAGGAAGAAUUACUAAAUAGAAUACAGGCUUUUUACACUUUUCUCUGCCAGGAACUUUGUUCUGUGUCAGAUACUUCUUAUAAUGAGAUGUCAUUGCAUCACCAUCCCUCUGCUUUGGAAUGCUUGGAUGGUGUUUGCAGCAAUCAAACCCAUUCCCCAAAACUGUA